GUUUUGAUCCAGGACACCUUGUCGUUAUCGUAUAUUAAGAAGAGUGAUGGAUGCGUUUCAAAAGUGAGUUCAAAUGGCACAAAACAUAAAAUAAGUCAAUAUGUUAAUGGCAGCAUUGGAGCGAGGAAGAAUGGUGUCAACGGGAAUUCAAACGGUAUCACGACGAAUGGUGUCACAAAUGGUGAGAUAAAGAACUCUAUAGAUAAAGAUAGAAUAUAUAAAGAGAUUAAUGGUGGUACGAGCAUGUGUGAUAACGAUGAUUUAAAUAUGGGGAGAGCCGAUUACGACUUAUCAGCGAUUGUCAUACAUUCCGGUUCAUCCGCAGAGACGACACGUGGUGGCAAUUUAAUGACAACCUCGUCAAUACCACUUCGCUAA